AACACAAUCUUAAGCACCAAGUUGUCGUCACCUCACUUUCUGCUCUCAGGGAAACUUUCCCAGGCACUGUCAGUCCGUCACCGCGUCUUCCCUCGUGUUCAGUUCUCUCUCUCUCUCUCUCGCGCGCGCGCGCGCGCAAGCGAAAACCCAGAGCAGCGCAGAAGAACGGAAUCAAUGGCGAUGGCCUCGAUCACCGCGCUUGACGACGACACAGUCCGCAGUAUGUCGAUCGGAGCUGUUUUCUCCGACUUCGGUGGGAAAAUAAAUUCACUUGAUUUUCACCGUAAGGAUGAUCUUUUGGUCACAGCCAGUGAGGAUGAUUCGGUGAGAUUGUAUGAUAUUGCAAAUGCCAGGUUGCUCAAGACCACCAAUCACAAUAAACAUGGCACUGAUCGCGUGUGCUUUACACAUCAUCCAAACUCCGUCAUAUGCUCUUCAAUCCACAACUUAGAUAGUGGAGAGUCCUUAAGGUAUCUAUCAAUGUAUGAUAACCGAUGCCUCCGCUACUUUAAGGGACACAAACAGAGAGUUGUUUCCCUGUGUAUGUCGCCAAUCAAUGAUAGCUUCAUGUCAGGCUCUCUCGAUCACAGCGUGAGAAUGUGGGAUCUCCGUGUGAAUGGUUGCCAGGGAAUUCUGCGUCUACGUGGCAGACCUACCGUUGCAUAUGACCAGCAGGGCCUUGUGUUUGCUGUAGCUAUGGAAGGGGGUGCUAUCAAAUUGUUUGAUUCACGCUCUUACGACAAGGGCCCCUUUGAUGCCUUUUUAGUCGGUGGAGAUACGUCCGAGGUCUGUGAUAUAAAGUUCAGCAAUGAUGGAAAAUCAGUCUUAUUAUCAACCACAAACAACAACAUCUAUGUUCUUGAUGCAUAUGCAGGAGAUAAGCAAUGUGGAUUCAAUUUAGAACCAUCUCCAAGUACACCGAUAGAGGCAAGUUUUACCCCAGACGGCCAGUACGUUGUAUCAGGCUCGGGAGAUGGUACUUUGCAUGCAUGGAAUAUCAGCAGGCGAAAUGAGGUAGCAUGUUGGAAUAGCCAUAUCGGUGUCGCGGCAUGCUUGAAAUGGGCACCUCGCCGGGUCAUGUUUGUAGCGGCAUCUUCUGUCCUCACCUUCUGGAUUCCAAAUUCCGAGCCCGAGCUCGCUUCUGCCAAAGGAGAGACUGGAGUUCCGCCAGAACAAGUGUCACUGUGAAGCCUCCAUCUACAGCUCUAGCUUAGACCCUACCAUGAGCUUCUUUGAGCGAGCAGUAGAUUUCAG